GUGGGAGAUUCUUAGAUUCAAACUUUGUGAAGCGCAAACCUGAGGGUAGGACGAAGUUUCAAAUGUAUUUUGUUGAUCUGCUUUAAAAACUGCCGAAUUUGAGUGUAACCAAGAGAACGACUCGAGAUGUCCGGAGCACUGGAGUCCGCGGAGGAGGUGAUUCAGAGGUUGAGGAGCCGGCUGAAGGAGAGCGAGGAACAGGUCCAGCAGGCGGCUCACGCGGGCCUGGACCUUCUGAACCAGCAGGUGGAGCUGCAGACCCAACUGGAAGAGCAGAGGGUGGAGAUGACCAACACUAUAGAGAUACUGGAGCAAGACAAGUUUUCUUUUAAGAGGGAGGUAGAGCUGAGGGUUCGAAUGCUCGAAUCGCUCAAGUCUGAAUACGACUCUUCAAACGACCAGCACACCCAACACCUUCACCAUCAAGAAGAACGUUUAACACAGGCUCAUAACACGGAGGUCCACGUUCUGAAAAAUCAGAUCAUAAACCUGCAGGCUGAUCUAGGAGAAGCUCAGUUAAAAGAGAAACAACUGAAACAUAAACUGGAGGUCAUGACGGAAACCCUCAACCUCAAGCUGGACGAGCUACGGUCCCUGAACGAGCAGAAAAUGGACACCAUCUCCUCUGAGCUCACGGAGAUGCAUCUGAGCAGACUGGAGCUGCAGAGCAUAAAGGCCGAACUGGCCUUGUCGCUACAGGAAGCCCAGUACAAAGAGCAGCAGCUGGACCUCACCAACGGGAGUCUGAAGCGUCAGCUCCUGCAGAUCAAAGAGGAGAAGGAAGAGAGGGAGAAGGAGGCUGUUUCCUGGUUCAACGCACUGGGGAAAUCCCGUCAGGUUAACCUGGAGCUGCAGGUACAGUUGGACCAGGCACAGCAGCAGGCCCAAGACCCCAACAGCAAAGGAAAUUCACUGUUCGCUGAAUUGGAGGACAAACGUGCUGAGAUGGAGAAGCGACUGAUCAGUAUGAAGAUCCAGCAUCAGUCUCUGCAGAAACAGCACGGCUUCAGCAAACAACAGCUACACCGCAUGAAGGUCCAGAUAGCCACCCUGAUGCAGCUGCAGGGCACAAGAGCUGACCCAGCCCAGCUAGAGAGACUCCAGUCCAUGCUCACUGAGAAGAAUGAGGAGAUCCAUAAUCUGGUCAUUAAACUCCAGAGACUGGAGAAAUCCGAGAUGCUGUUAAAGUCUCAGCCAUCUGUGCCUUCCCGGUCAGACGUGGAUAUCCAAGAUGAGACCUACUAUACCGACCUUCUCAAAUUGAAGCUCAACAAUUCUGUCAGAGACGCAGAACGGCUGGGAGAUGAGCUUUCCCUCCAACGGAUGAAGUCUUUGUCAGAGAGUCAAAGAGCUCUUGAAUUGGAGAGAAAAUUAUAUUCAUCAGAACAGCUGCUGAAGCAGGCUCGGAGUGACAAAAUUAAACUGCAGUUAUGUGUGGAGGAGCUGCGAUACAAAUAUGAGCCUAAUGAAUGUAAUAAAAAUAAUACCCAGAGGCGAAAGCGGGAAAAGCUUCCUGUUGGAGUUAUCAAGAAUGAGCCAAAGGAGCAUUCAAACUAUGACAAGACGGCUAAACUAGAGCCUCCUCCCACCCUCAGUGGGGAGAACCAACACGUGGCCAUUCUCCGGCAGAUAGACAUGCAGCCUACAGAAGAUCGAAAGUCAGAGGCCCCCCCAGCCAAGUGUGAAAGGAUCUGUGACAUGCCUCCAGUUGAGAUUCCCAACACUCCAAGUUCCCCAAUGAUGGCAGAGAAAGAGGAGAAGAAAAUCCAAAAAGAUGAGGGAGAUAUGUUUUCCAGAGAGGUUGAUAGGGACGAAGACGGAAGAAAGAAGAACUCAGUAGAAAUAAUCCAUGUUCGCUCAAAGAACUGCCCGGAAGACCAGUGUUCCCAGCAGUAGAACUGAAACCCUUUCACACUUGUGUGUUCCAAACUUUUCCAUCUGUCUUUUUCUUAUUAUGUUAUAGAAACUACUCUCCUUUCUUUUUUAUUUUCUUUUUGAAAUUUUUGAAAUUGGGUUCCUUGUGCAAUAUGUGUGUUUUUUCUUCUCUAUUAAAAUUGUAUUUUAAACCUGGCUCAGAUUAAGCCUGACCUUAUGUGACUGAUUACCUUGAUAGGAUAUGUUUCUAUCACACAAGCUUUAAUACUAUUUCUCUGUUACAUUCCUACCAAAGGGACCUUAUAGUAUUGGAGUUUAUUACUCUUUACUUUUCAGCUGAUGCUGAGAUUAACGUUGGAUAAUCUUAUAUAAACCGUUUUACAGACAUGUUGUUGGAGCCAUUUUGAUAUUUAUGUUGCAAAUUAAGUGAUUAAGAUUGAUAACACUGUUGAAAUAAUUAUAGUAUUUAAGUUAAUGAAAUAUGGUUUAAUAGUAUGGUGAAUUAUGGUUUAAAAAUAACGUAAUUCUAUGUGUGAAAACGGAUUGACUGCCGCAAUCUGUCUGGCCAAUGGAGUGUGACGUCGGAUGUUCUGACUUGAUAUAUUGAUGGGUUACCUAUGACCAGGUGGGGCGGAAGUGGCAAACAAUUUUUCAACCGCGUGAAUGCGAUAGGGACAUCCAUGUUUGUAUUAUUGACUAAGAAGGAACAAAUAAAUAGAUCUAUAAUUUA